AUGUGCGAAUCCGACAGCAAUGGUACGGCUCAGGCUAUGAUCGCUCUGAGAAUGAAGUCUUCGGCCGUUAAUCCGUUUUUAGCAAAUCCAAUGCCAAAUGAAAACAACCCACAAAUCACAUCGACUUCAGUCAACAACAUCACUGCCGUCAACAAUGCUUUCUCUUUAGCUAAUGUAGUCAACCAUCGCAUCCCUUCCUCGCAGUCUUCACAACAUUUUAAUUUAUCAGAUUAUCAAAGAUUUCAAUUUUACGAUUACGCCUCUCAGGCGUCAGUUCGCUUCCGAUUGAGUCAAUCGCCGUUUGGGACACCAAAUACGCCCUACAAUCUAAGCCCAGGCUAUGGACACCCGGCCUUUGCCGACGGACCGCCGUUUGCCGCCGCCAUCUCUCCCUUCGCAAGAUUUGACUCCCGGUUCAGAUUCAUUCACGAAGAGCCCAAACCACAGCACAGUUAUAUUGGACUCAUAGCGAUGGCUAUAUUGAGUGCAAACGAACAGAAAAUGGUUUUAAGCGAUAUAUACCAACAUAUUCUCGACAAUUACCCGUAUUUCCGAAACCGAGGCCCGGGAUGGAGGAACAGUAUCCGACACAACCUCUCACUCAAUGACUGUUUUGUAAAAGCGGGUCGAAGUGCUAAUGGAAAGGGACACUACUGGGCCAUACAUCCCGCAAAUAUCGAUGAUUUUAAAAAAGGAGAUUUUAGGCGCAGAAAAGCUCAGAGAAAGGUUCGCAAACAUAUGGGUCUAUCUGUUCCCGAGGAUGAAGACAGUCCCAGUCCUACACCACCACCGCUGCCCAAUGGUACGGCUCAGGCUAUGAUCGCUCUGAGAAUGAAGUCGUCGGCCGUUAAUCCGUUUUUAGCAAAUCCAAUGCCAAAUGAAAACAACCCACAAAUCACAUCGACUUCAGUCAACAACAUCACUGCCGUCAACAAUGCUUUCUCUUUGGCUAAUGUAGUCAACCAUCGCAUCCCUUCCUCGCAGUCUUCACAACACUUUAAUUUAUCAGAUUAUCAAAGAUUUCAAUUUUACGAUUACGCCUCUCAGGCGUCCGUUCGCUUCCGAUUGAGUCAAUCGCCGUUUGGGACACCGAAUACGCCCUACAAUCUAAGCCCAGGCUAUGGACACCCGGCCUUCGCCGACGGACCACCGUUUGCCGCCGCCAUCUCUCCCUUCGCAAGAUUUGACUCCCGGUUCAGAUUCAUUCACGAAGAGCCCAAACCACAGCACAGUUACAUUGGACUCAUAGCGAUGGCUAUAUUGAGUGCAAACGAACAGAAAAUGGUUUUAAGCGAUAUAUACCAACAUAUUCUCGACAAUUAUCCGUAUUUCCGAAACCGAGGCCCAGGAUGGAGGAACAGUAUCCGACACAACCUCUCACUCAAUGACUGUUUUGUGAAAGCGGGUCGAAGUGCUAAUGGAAAGGGACACUACUGGGCCAUACAUCCCGCAAAUAUCGAUGAUUUCAAAAAAGGAGAUUUUAGGCGCAGAAAAGCUCAGAGAAAGGUUCGCAAACAUAUGGGUCUAUCUGUUCCCGAGGAUGAAGACAGUCCCAGUCCUACACCACCACCGCUGCCGUCACCUAAUUUAGUCAACGCAUCUGUUUUUGGACACUCGGCUCUUAUGGGGCCGUCGGGUCUUCGCAUUCAUGCAAAUCAAGCCAUUUGUGCAAAUGAGAUGAGUCUCUUCAAUGAUCUCCGCUUUUCAAUGCCGACCAACAAAUUAUCUGCAAAUCAAGACAUGAGAUCUGUAUUCAAUUGUCGCACUCAAGAGGACAUUCUUGUGCCGUCUGUUUCCCACACAAACAUCAAAGCCAUAAAACGACAGUUCGAUGUCGAGAGUCUAUUGGCUCCCGAUUGUGACUCCACUGUCGACGACAGUCUCAGCCGAAGUGAAAUAAUGGACAAAAAGUCGCAUUCAAUCGUAUGUAUUGAUCACUUAGAAGAAGGCCGAAGAAGUAAUACACCGUCGCUAACCUCGCAUUCGGACUUUAUUACCAACAAAAUGGAUAGUUUUGACAGCAAUAGUUCUUCGCCGUCGAUCUCAUCCACAGCCGAAAGACAACACUCGCCGCCCGUAAACUCUAAGCAAUGUUUGCCGGCAACAGGUCUGCCAUUGUCACCGACUUCAUGGCGCGCCGCUCACAUUCAAUCGCUGCAAAACUUGCAUCAAAUGAAUGCCAUAAACCAAUCGUUACAAUCUGUGGCACCGACUGGUUUCGCGGCAAACCUUCCGUGGGCUAUGUCUGCGGCCGCGCUCUCCAACGCUCAGAUGGCGGCCACUAUUCUCGGAUACGCUUCGUUUAUACAGUUCGAUGUCGAGAGUCUAUUGGCUCCCGAUUGUGACUCCACUGUCGACGACAGUCUCAGCCGAAGUGAAAUAAUGGACAAAAAGUCGCAUUCAAUCGUAUGUAUUGAUCACUUAGAAGAAGGCAGAAGAAGUAAUACACCGUCGCUAACCUCGCAUUCGGACUUUAUUACCAACAAAAUGGACAGUUUUGACAGCAAUAGCUCUUCGCCGUCGAUCUCAUCCACAGCCGAAAGACAACACUCGCCGCCAGUAAACUCUAAGCAAUGUUUGCCGGCAACAGGUCUGCCAUUGUCACCGACUUCAUGGCGCGCCGCUCACAUUCAAUCACUGCAAAACUUGCAUCAAAUGAAUGCCAUAAACCAAUCGUUACAAUCUGUGGCACCGACUGGUUUCGCGGCGAACCUUCCGUGGGCUAUGUCUGCGGCCGCGCUCUCCAACGCUCAGAUGGCGGCCACUAUUCUCGGAUACGCUUCGGUCGCUAAUCAAGCCUAUGAUUUGACUUCUGAUGCAAACAAGCGAUAG